AUGGCGGGCAUACUCUGCAGUACUUCUUUAGGAAAAUUGAUCCACUGGCUUUCUAGUGGCCAGUUCUUGAGAUUUCCAGAAGAGGAGCCUGGAUUUUGUUUGUCUCCGACAUAUUCAACAGCCGCUAGCGUCGUUGGAAACGUGGAAUCGGACACGUGUGACGCAGAAUGUGAAUCUUCUGAUAAAGAACAUCCUUCAAAAUGGCUCGUUCCGGAAACUACUACUGAUGGCAUGGUACUUGUGGGUUGGUAUUCUGAUGAUGACCCAGGAAAUCCGCACAAUUGGCCUCGCUGGGCCAAGGUCAUGGUGUAUAUUCAGAUAAACUUUUACACUUUCGUCGUCUACAUGUCAUCCGCGGCCUUUACCCCAGCAGAAGUGGAAUUCCAGGCCGAGUAUGGUGUGCCCUCAUCGGUGGGCUCACUUGGCAUGGCUCUGGUUCUUCUGGGUUAUGGGAUAGGACCCUUGCUAUUUGGGCCCUUAUCAGACAAACCGUCGAUAGGCCGCAACCCGCCCUACGUGAUUUCGUUUACAGUUUUUUUGGUAGUCAGUAUCCUUGCGGCCGUUGUCAACAGCGUCCCUGGGUUUCUCUUUCUACGCUUUGCACAAGGAUUCUUCGGGUCGCCGUGUCUGGCAACGGGCCCGGCGUCCUUCGCAGACAUCACAAAUCUUGUUAAGCUACCGAGCGGGUUAUGGAUCUGGGGUAUAUGUGCUGUGUCUGCUCCCACUGUGGCUCCAACCCUGGCAAGUUUAUGUGUCACGUCAAAAGGGUGGCAGUGGAGUAUGUGGUUAAUCGUUUGGUUUGCCGCACCAUGCUUCUUGCUUCUGAUAUUUCUGCCAGAGACAUCAAGCCCGGCCAUUCUAUAUCAACGUUCCAGACGGCUACAAGCUUUGACCGGCAAUGAAGCGUUCAAAUCCAGUUCCGAAAUAAACCACGCGGAGUUGUCCCAAGAGACAUUGUAUGACUUUCUCAUCAUUCCAUGGAAGAUAAACGCCUUCGACCCCGCUAUCCUGUUUACGACACUCUACACCGCAUUGGUGUAUGCCAUUUUCUAUUCCUUCUUCGAAGCGGUGCCUCUGGUAUACCAAGCCGUGUUAAUUACCACACCAUUCUACCUAGCAAUUACUUAUAUUACCAUCAGCCGUCCAUUCAAAGCCGGCAAAAUGCCUUCGCCCGAACAGAGGCUCAUACCCGGGCUUGCUGGCUCACUAGUUGUACCAGCAGGGAUGUUUCUAUUUGCAUGGACUUCAAGCCCAGAGUUUCACUGGAUUGUACCCACCAUAGGGUUCCUGCUUUUCAUGAUAGGCAUGCCCACUCUUCUCCAGUCGAUGUUCGCCUACAUGUCAGUCUCGUAUGGACGAUACGCUGCGAGCCUCUUCGCCAUGAAUGACUUUGCGCGGUCUAUUCUCGCCUUUGCGUCCAUUCUUUGGUCGACCCCGCUCUAUGUUAACCUCGGUAUUGCUAAAGGUGCGAGUCUGAUUGGGGCGUUGACGGUGACCGAUGGUGGGCUGGACAUUGUCGGUGACAACUUGGAAUUGGAGUUCAUGGCGAACUUCGAGCUUAGUAGCCAUAAUGCCGUGUUCUCCCAGGUCGUCCAACUUGGACGGCUGGCGAGAUGUUGCCCGCGACCUUGUCGCCGUUUUACGUAG